AUGUUGGAGCAGCCGACGGAAUUGGACCGGCUGAAUCGGACAUUGUCAAAGCUGGAGAUUCUUCGAGAGACUCUCCUGGACCCCGAUCUCUUCAACUCUUCCCUUCUCGAGGAUUACGCAAAGGAGGUGGCCGAAGCAGUGCAAAACGGGAUCGAUCCCUGGAAUAACGAAUCCCGAUGGAGCGCCAUGAAGAGCGUCUUCUUCGCCUCCACCGUCCUCACCACGAUCGGAUAUGGUGAUAUGGCGCCGGCGACGACGGAAGGGCGAGUAUUUUGCAUAGUCUUCGCCAUGAUCGGAAUCCCGAUCGCGUUGACGGCUAUCACGAACUUGGGGCGGCUCCUGGCCACUUUAAUUUCUUCCUUCUAUCGACGCUUCCGGACCAGCUGCAAAUGGAUUGACCGAUUAUCCAAAUCCGCCGGGAUUUCCAGUGGUGGCGUCCAAUCCAAGGGCGUCUAUGUGGUGGCGGGAGUGGGCCUCCUUGCCCUUUAUAUCGCUAUGGGCGGAGGACUUUUCAUGAUCUGGGAAGACUGGUCCUUCUCCGAAGCCUUCUACUUCUGCUUCAUCACGAUGUCGACGAUUGGGUUCGGGGAUUUAGUGCCCCAGCAGCAGACUUAUGUCUUCUUGUGCACCCUUUACAUCUUGGUCGGAUUGGCCCUCACGUCCACUAUCUUCGAGCUUGUUCGCCGCCAAUACGCCGAGAGUUGGGAGCGGAUGAAAGAACUGAGUGAGAAGCUGGCGGAUCUGUCCGGACCCUUGAGUGACACCUUAAAGCGAUUAGGAGAUCAGGCCCAUCGAUAUGGGGGGGACAUCAGCAUCGAUAUGAAUCUUAUGAAGGAUCUUCGAGAUCUGAGGAAGGCCGUCGCCAUGACCAAAUUCGAGUUGGAGUGGAAGGCGUUUAAGAAGCACGGAAAGAAGCCACCAGAUAGCUUACUUCUCCCAGAAGACACCGACGAACCAGUGAAAGUCGUCUGGAUCAUCUAUGAGAGCAAUGUUUGA